AUGCCUCUCGAUGCUCAAACUCUGUCUAAACUUCAAGAUACAGUCGACAAAGCCUGUAGCGACCCCCAAAAUGAUAUCCCUGGUGCUACAGUUGUAGUCAUUGACAAAAAUGGCGAAGAAUUGUUUGCACACUCAGCUGGUCAGCGAGGCUUGGCAUCAAAUGACCCAAUGACUCUAGACACAGUGUUUUGGAUUGCAUCUUGUACCAAGUUGCUAACCGGAAUUGCUUGCAUGCAACUUGUGGAGCAGGGGACCUUGAAGCUGGAUGAUGGCGAGCAUCUUGAAAACGUUCUUCAUGAGCUGAAAGAGAUGAAAGUGUUGCGUGAAGAUGGAACUUUGGAAGCCAAAAACAAGAAAAUUACCCUUCGGAUGCUUUUGACUCAUGCUUCUGGAUUUGGCUACACUUUCUUCAACGAGCGGCUUAGAAAUUGGACUUUUCCAGUUGGGGGAGAAGAGUUUUCUGGGCGAAUUGAAGACAUUACUUCUCUUCCUUUGCUAUUUCAGCCUGGAGAAGGAUGGGAAUAUGGUACGGGCAUCGAUUGGGCCGGAAUAGCAGUCGAACGCAUUACCAAACUUAGUCUUAACGCAUAUUUGCAGAAGCAUGUAUUCCAGCCUCUCGGUAUCAAAGAUAUGUCCAUGAUCCCUGAUAAAGACAUGCGAAAUCGUCUUGCAUAUAUGCACUCUAGAGAUGCAGAUGGAAAAAUACGACCACGAGAUCAUCUGAAUCGAAUCCCGUUAGUCGUCAAUCCAGAUGACGAGUCCGAGACACGCCGAGUGUUUAACAGCGGUGGCGCUGGCAUGUUUGCAAAGCCCCAGGAAUAUUGCAAGGUAUUGGCAGUGUUAUUGAACGACGGCACUUGCCCCCGCACUGGAAGCCAACUAUUGCGCAAAGAUACUGUGGAAGAGAUGUUCCGUAAUCAGAUCCCACAGUUCCCGAACUUCAGUCGUCAAAGUAUCCCCGCUGCUAAACCGGAACUAACCAGUGCUAUUGACGAGCUGUAUGCUGUGCAAGGAGGUGCACCACAGGGAUGGGGUUUGACUUUCAUGAUGGCGAAUAGCAGCGGCACUGGAAGGUCUAAAGCAACAGUUCACUGGGCUGGACUGGCAAACUUGUGGUGGUGGUGUGAUCGUGAAAAGGGCGUGGCUGGGAUGGUUUGCACCCAGAUCCUUCCCUUUGGAGAUGCCAAAGUUGUUGGGUUAUGGGCUGCUGUAGAAGCUCAAGCCCAGGUCAAAGGCGCUGUUGCUUUUGCCCAACGGCAAAAGGAACGCUACGGUUAUGACUUUUCCUACAACGAGAUCUUCGAGACUUGCCAAGUUAGCUAUACCCGUGGCUUUGAGAUAGUUAAGUCGUUUAAUAGGACUUUUUAUAACGCUUGUAAAGAGACUUGCGGCGGGAAGAAAAUCCUCUUAAACGCAGACUUGAAUAAGAUUGAAAAGCUGCUUUGGGCCUUCGUUUCCCGUCAUCACGCUGAGCAACACGUGGAAUUUGCCCGCAAGUCUCUCGAGAAGAGGCCAGCCAAAGAGUAUUAUCGCGAUAUCGUCUAUUCCGAUGAAUAUUACGCUUCUUGCGGUGACGAUCGCCAGGUCCAUAUCCUUAGGAAGCCAGGCGAGAGAUACUGCCCAGACUGUCUUUACGAGCAGCCGAGCCCAAGGCUUAAGGAAGAGGAACGUUUCAACGCCUAUUUCUGGGGCGCGAUUGGGUAUAACUUCAAAAGCGAUCUCUACGACUAUCGGAUCUCAACCAACAACAACGGGAAGACGGCUGCCACCUACUAUCAUGAUCAUAUUCUCAAGAAGAUCGUUAAACCGUAG